CAACCUGGAAUGGACACAUUGUUUUCUUGGGACGAAGCUGAGUACAAGAUGACACAAUGCCACUGUUGUCUUAUUAUUGUUACGAAAAGUGACUUUUACUAGUUUUUUUUUUCUGGAUUUGAAUUUCUGGUUCUGACUGACUGACUAAAACUGGACGUAUGGACAUAUUUUUUCUAUGAAGGAUGGGUUGUGCUCACAGUUUAUAACACAUCCCUGUGAGAAUUCUUUCGACGGCACUGGAGAAGUAACUGAUGAACAACCCUGCUGAUUUGAUUCCCUUUGAAAUUUGAACUGGGUGUCGCUGAAGUAUGAACUGAUAUGUGGUGGGGACCAUCCCCAGACUCUGGACCAGAAACAUAAGGCCACACUCCAGCAAUCAGACAGACAGAAAGUUCUCUUCAACUGUGGAGGCGGGCAGCGUGCUGUCCAAAGACCCAGCCUGACGCACGGACACGGACAGACAGACAGACAGUCUGAUGCCAACUGUCUCCACUGUCAAUCUCACGGCACCACUCCUCCUCCUGUUGCUAUGGGCAACCCACCCCACCAUGGCAACCAACUGGCUCUCCCUGGCGAGGCUGCCUCGCUCCAGGCCUGUGUCUGGUGCUGCCCCAUGUGCACGACUGAGGGGGUUGACCCCAGGGCAGGUGGGGGUGUGCAGGGCGCGGGGGGAGGUCAUGGAGUCCGUACGCAAGGCAGCAGAGAUGGUCAUAGAAGAGUGCCAGCACCAGUUCAGGAAUCGCCGAUGGAAUUGUUCCACCACCCCACGUGGGAUCAAUGUAUUCGGCAGAGUGAUGAACCAAGGCACUCGUGAGGCGGCCUUUGUGCAUGCUUUGUCCUCAGCAGCCGUGGCAGUGGCAGUGACCCGGGCCUGCACCCGCGGGGAGCUGGAGAGGUGUGGCUGUGACAGGAAGGUCAGGGGGGUCAGCCCCGAGGGUUUUCAGUGGUCAGGGUGCAGUGACAACCUGUCCUAUGGCGUGGCUUUCUCCCAAACGUUUGUGGACGAACCGGAGCGAGCCAAGGGGCUGUCGGCAGGGCGUCCGCUCAUGAACCUCCAUAACAAUGAAGCCGGUCGAAAGGCCAUCCUUCACAACAUGCAGGUGGAGUGUAAGUGUCAUGGCGUCUCUGGCUCCUGUGAGUUAAGGACCUGCUGGAAGGUCAUGCCUCCCUUUAGGCGUGUCGGCGUCGUGCUCAAGGAACGCUUUGAUGGAGCCACAGAGGUCCGCCUGACUCGUAUAGGAUCCCGGACGGCCCUGCUCCCCCGUGACCCCCAGGUCAAACCCCCGGCUGCUAGAGACCUUGUGUACCUUGCGCCCUCCCCAGAUUUCUGCCAUCUUGACCCUGACAACGGUAUCCCCGGGACUGCUGGUAGGAGAUGUAACGGAACGUCUCGGCUGGCACCAGAUGGCUGUGAGCUUGUGUGUUGUGGGCCAGGGUACAGAGCGGGCCGGGCGGAGGUGGUGCAGCGCUGCUCCUGCAAGUUUUCCUGGUGCUGCUCAGUCCGUUGCCAGCAGUGCAAGAACACAGUCACCAUUCAUACUUGCAGAGUGUGAGAUGGCCUUAACAGGACCCGACCGAAUGAGUAGAACGACCCGAACAAUCCACCAGACAGACACUACUGAAGUACACACACGAGAGCAGUUUUUCAGGCACAUCUUUGCCGGCAAAAUAGACAACAUAUGUGUAGUUUUUCUCUCUCUGCGAGUGAAGAUGCAAUUUUGCUUGAUUAUUCUGUCGUAACAGCUGCAAAAUUAGACCAAAUGCAAAAACAAACAAUGGACUAAAAUCAUCUCCUCUCCUUUUAAACCGACUCUUCCCUUCAAAAUACUGGGACAGACGAGAGGACAGGCACAGACACGCACACAACAAUUAAUCACACAUCGAACUGACAAAGCUUCUGAAGCUGAGCUUAACCUAAACUAACACUGAAACCCUGCAGCAUUCGCUUUUAUUUUAUGCAACCUUUUCUCAUUGCAGCAUGCGGUAGACUAGCAAGUCAUUGGAUUAAUACAUUACUGUAUUUAUGUCUUCUUUUCAAUUCUGGUUUAUUUAUUUGUAUAUCUUUGCGUCACCUCGGCCUUUAGCAGUAAGUAUAAUUUCUACUUACAUCAGUGUCUGUCUUGUGUUUUGACCCUCAACUGAAACUCUUCUGUAUGUUUCUGCACACGCAGUGAUUUUAGGUCUGUUCAGGAAAUCUAAUAAAUACAAUAGUUCAGCCACCAAA